UAUCCCUGAAAUUCAUCUUCAGGCUUUGGACCACCUUUACCCUGGAAGCUGAACAAAACUGAAAUGCAACAGUCUCAAAUUCUGUCAUAGCAAAUCUUAAACUGCCUACGUCUCAUGGAAAAAUCUGACAGGUGCCUUAUUUGGAACUGCUCUGGUUUAGGUAUGUCAUUCAAUUUUGUUCCCUUAAUACUUUUUUUUUUUUCUUUCUUUCUUUCUUUUUUUAAUGAAAACAGGGUUAUGGUUUAGGAUUUAAUCUUCUGUGGAUUGCUGAGUUCAAUCAUAAUCUCUGACUGCAUCACAAUUAGUGGGGACAUCAUCUUCAGAACAUCAGAAUUCAAAAUGAUCUUUUUGUCUUUUUUUUUCUCGGUAAAGGUCUGAAAGCUAAGCAGAAAAGCAAUGAGAAAAGCCUACUUUCAUUUCACUGUUGUGUCACGCUCUAAGUUUUCUCAUCCUUUCUAAACUACUCUUAGUCUGAAUUGAUUCUGUGGUAUUGAUUCUUGGAAAACUGUCUGCAACUUUGAGCAAUAUAUUAAACAACAAAAAGGAUCUGGGUGCAUUAAUUAAAAACAAAACAAAAACAGAACUAUUCUUUACGUAAUCGACAUAACAGCAGAAAUUCACUGCUGUCAGGAGGCAGUCCAGGUUACAAUUCUGCACUUGCUUUUCAGUUCUCUGUGCUAACCAGAAAAGACGAUAAUGACUGCUGUUGUCUCUCCCAGUGCAGGACAGCACACAGAUAUGAAAUACUGGGCAGGAACAACCCAUAACUUUCCAGGAGUGACUGGAGAGCUGACUAAAGAAGCCUGUGAAAGAUGCACUUUGACAACAUACGGAAGAAAAAGCUAGUGGCUUAUACCAAGGGUUCUAUAUAUUUACUACCAGAAAGAGUAGUGACAGCACUCUGUCAUCUGCCCCAGCUGAACCGGUGCGUUAUGUAUAUUGGCUAUAUAGGGAGGUUUUACUGAAGCUACCACAAAGGGGAUCCCAAAAUAAACCAAACCAGCCCUUCCCCAUAGAGCUGUUUUUCACUGCUGUGGGAAGCAGUUGGCAUGGAGGGCCAGUGCACCAUGGCAGUGGCUGCCUAGGUGGAGGCUGCAGGCUAUGUGGUGUAGGGCCUGUAGUUUCAUGACGUUUGUAAGUUAAAGAUAUGCAAAAAAUGUUUAAAUCCUCCCGAGCGGUAAGAUAACAGAUGAAUUAGCUCCAUUCCAACAGCUAGUUGGAAUUCCUUAGCGUUAACAGCAUUGGCAUAGGUACUAAAUUAUUCAGGUUGUUUUACGGAAUAAUCUGCACUGUAUUUACAUGUAUUCUAAAUAUUUUAUUUAAAAUACUUUGAUACAGCUUUCCAUUUCAGUUGUGCUUUAGUUUCCCUUCAUCUCUGCUGUCCAUGAGAGGUUGCUUUACCGUAAUUAAAACUAACCCUUACAAAAUGCAUUUAUCCAAAAUGGUUCCCUAGAAAUUUUCUCCUCCACAGAAUAUAUUACCCUCCUGGUACCGCAGCUGGGGGCCAAUCUGCCCAGCCGGCAUAAAGAGGGAUGAUUUAGGUCACUGAGCUCCAGCUCUUGGUUAGUGCUUUUUGCCAUGAAAUGCUUCAGAAAUUAAGGCAUACCAGAAAACUCACUUGAAUCACAUUUUAAAAAGCAUUUUCCACAAGUAACUAUGUUAGCAGACAUUAUUGUCACCAGAAAGCCUCUGCUAAUCUUGCAAAGCAUCUGCAAUGAAUAAUCUUCCCCUCCCCCAUUCUUAUUUGCUGCCAGAAACAGCUUAUAAAUGCUUACUUGAAAUCUCUGCCAAAUUUUGUUUUUAGGCAUGCUGUUGUAAAUAGCGAGUAUUUCCACCAAUCUGCGUAGGAUCCCUCUGGAUUUUACACGGGUGCGAAUGAAACCCAAAUUUUGCCUGGUCUGUUCUCAGCUGCCCCUCACUGCCCUGCAAGCUGCAGUGCUGCCGCCACUGCCGCUGGUGGAAGGCAAGUGCUUGAGCCCAGCCUGUCCAUCGCUGACAAAUUAUUAUAAACAGAUUUGAACAAAUAUUUCUUUACAAAACAAACUGGUCAGCAGGCUCCAGGCUCUAUUCUCCUGAUGCAUUUUACAGGAAAUAAUAUCAAGUUAGCUAUUAUGAAACUACCCCCUCCUCACACACACGUAAUUGCUUCCAGCUUUCUGAUUAUUACCCUUUCCUUAACUGAUAGGGUGAGAAGAGAAAUAAAAAUAUCUCCAUACAGUGGGCCAAAUCCUCAUCUGGUAUAAAUCGACAUAGCCCCAUCAAAGUCAAUAAAACCACGCUGAUUUACACCAGUUGAGGAGUUGAUGCACUGUAAUUUUUUACUUGCUUUUAAAAAUAAAACCUUACGUGAUUGUGUAACCAACAUUGCAACAGAAACCAGCAUUUCCUUUUGUGAACUCAACGUGUGCCCUCAACUUUCAAACAUUUUCGCUUAGAUAGUCCUACAGAUAUUUUCCCCCACCUUCUGCCACAAUGCUCCCAUCGCACUUUUACUGAGCCAGCAUCAUCAGAGAAGUGCAAACUAUGCUCAAUGAGAGUCAGACACAAAUUAGUACUUUUGCAGAGUAACAAGGAGAAGAAAUGACAUUCUGCCACUAUUCUUUCACACAGAAGAGGGAAAAGAGGUAAGUAAAGCAAAAGAUAAGACAAUUGUUUUCUCUAUUGGCUUUCUCUCUGGUCCCCACAACAUUCUCUAGCUAGCUGACAUAUAUUAGCAUUACUAAGCAAUUAGUAUUAUCCAGGAAUGACAGUGUUGUAAACUACUAUUAUAGAUUAACUUCCUUUAAGUCAUCUUUAAAAUAUACAAGAUGUACAAGGUUUACUGCAGCUGAUAGAAACUGCGUGCUCUGCUUGGACAACAUGAGGUUUCUAAAAUCUCUCUUCAGUCUUCACUGCAGGCUGUUAAACACAUCGUGGAUCUUUUGGGAAUGCUCUGUCUCUUGUUCUGAUCAAGAGUAUAAGUUAUAGAGAUGCUCUAUGGCAAAUCUUUUACAUCCGUUGUGGGAGCUGUAUGCAUUGCAGUGUGGCCUUUCUCAAAACUGUCAACUUUUUGACUGAUUGUUUUGAUUGAUUUGUAUGUUCAGCAGUUCACAACAAUUUCAAAAGCAUCCUGAAAAAUCUGAACAUUUAUUGUUAAUGUCAACAUAGUUUUGUCUUCGUUCAGCAAUGGCCUUUAUAUAAUAUAUAAUUAUUUAUUAAUGUUUAUUAUUAUAUUUAUUACUUAUAUAAUAUUAAUAAAACUUACAUUGAUUAAUCCUUGGUAAUUAUCAGCAGCUAAUAGCAUGCUGGUAGUUCUGUGAAAGUUAAUGAUGCUGUUUCUUUGUAGGUUCGUAGCCUGUAAUUUCCAACAGCUUUAUUGUGUACUUUAACAUGUUAAAGUGCAAUAAAAAAUUGCAGGAGUGUAUAUUUCCAAACAAUUUGUGCAAAAUCUGGACAAGGUAAAGCUCACUUUAAAAUGCACAUUCCAUUGCUUUGCAUAACAUCUUCAAAAUCAUUCUAUAAUGUCUGAAAUUUAGUUGCAAAGAUUGAUUCAGAAUUUAGUUGUAUAUUCUGGUCCCUGUUUUAGUAUCCAAUUUUUAAUUCAUAGGCAAGUCUGAAAUGCAUUCAGAUUUGAUAGUAAAGCUUCUUGUGGUAAGACUUGAAAAUUUCCUCAUCACAUUUGGAAGGCACCACUGCACUAUUUUGAUAUUGUUUUGAUUUGGAAAAGAUAUCACAGAUUGCUUAUUUCUAUUAACCUGGAAGACCUCUGCUUUUGGGGUCCUACUUUUACUGUAACCUCUUUUUGUAGUGAGGAUUUGUCACCUGGUUGAAUGAAUGACGAAGACAUGGAUGUAUGGAUGCAGAAAAUCCAAUUCAGAUUCUUCAUUAGCCGUCUGUUUCCAUGGCAAGAUAGGACUUGAAAAUACAAUUUAGUCCCUGGAGAAAAGAGUAGUUCCCCAAGUACUCCUAAAGCAGAUAUUUAUAGGCAUCCACUCUCCAGAUCUGGGCAGAGGAAAGUAAAAUAAAGCACAUACAAACUGGCAAACACUUUCCAGUCAGUCGGGACUAAAAGAGUAGCCCAGUCUGUAAAGGAAGACAAUGGUAGGUCUUGCCAAGUAGUUCUGUCACACAUAGGGUACGACAACCUUGCAUAACUUGGGCAAGAAGCAUCAAGUCCUGCUGGGGACAAACAAAAGUUAUUUGAAAUGCCAGGUCCUGUCCUCCCUGGUGCUGAUAGGGGCAAACAAGUCCUUCCCAAUUGAAGCUGCACAAGGAAUCGAGCAGAGUUUUGCUUCCCUAGGAAGUGCAGUCAUUGACAGGGCAGUGGUUGAAACUUGCUGACUCUCGGGAGGAGAUGUCAGGGUCUGGAGGAGGCUUGCUUUCAAGCUGCGAGUUUAAUAGCCCAGGAAAGCCCUCUACAAAGCUGAUCCCCUUUCCUACAUGACAGCAAGAGCAAUAGCAAUAUGGCAGUGCCCACGAUCGUAGGGCUUGAGCUUUUCCUGGGGAAGUCACCAGUUGUUCUUUGAGGAAGUGAUGUCAGCCACUAUUGAGAUGGAUGACUUGGAGGCUGAGUCCCCACAAACCAUUUGCCUGCAGGUUGGAGAUGGGAGCCCAGAUCAAUGCGGUGCCCUGUUCCACAGAGCCUUGCUUCGGCACUGACUGCCAAAAGCUCAUCAAAGCAGGGUGUUUCCAAUGAAAUGCUUCCAGCUCUGAGCUUGUUUCAGCACAAAAUGAAAAUCUAACCAGCUACAACCCCAGCUUCCUUCCUCCAAGUCAUAUAGAAUAGGCACAAAAGAUUUAGGUAAUGUCUCAGACUUGUCUUUGUUUUUAUCUGUAGCAAAACUUUUAUAUUUUUCCUAAGUAUGGCAACAAAGAUUGAAAAAAAAAAAAAAGCAUGGCACUGCCCCACUGCCUUGCCUUAAGUAUGCUGAAGCUUUUGGCAUCUUUAGACUGCAUUGUUGGCCUUACAGACUAGGGAAACCUGAAAGUGUACUGGAUAUGAAGUCAAAACAGCUUGUUACCCAACUUGCUUUCUUUCACAGAGUACUGAAAUAUUAAGAACACAGGCAAAUAAUGCUUAGAUACAGCUUUCUUUGUUUGUAUGGAGUUGCAUUUGUUUGUUUGAAGCCAAGCUGGGUGGAGAAUUUUGCAUUUUAUGUCUUCGCGGUGAAUUGUGUGGCUCUGAAAUGUGGGUAAGAUAAGAUCACAAACAAGUAAAAACAUGUGUAGGCUGAAAAAUCAAUAUGUUUCAAAAUAAUCGUUGAGUAACAAAUUAUUCCUGUAUUAAUGUGCUGAAAACUAGGUUUAGGAUUCUACUAUGGCUGAUAGUGCUACUAACAUCUAAUGCAGUACUGCCAGGGAUUAGAUCUGCCUUCAUAGUCAGAUGUUAAUCAUGCCACCAUCUAGAAGUAAGGUACUCAAAAACCUGAUAGUGGUAAAUGCAAUAUAAGGAUUUUUUGAGCUUCCCAUUCUUUGCAUAAUAAUUAGGUUUUAACAACAAUAGUUCUUUUUAAUCACUAAUGCUGAGGUCAGCUCUUUCCAUUUACUCUGAAAUUUUCUAAUGUUUUAGCUGAAUUAUCCAGAACAGCUACUCCCUUGUUAAAGAUGUUCCUGUUUUCCAAUUCAGGGCUCAAUGUCACUGUCACUGAAGGGUGGCAGAAUUCCUGCUAACUUAAUCACAUUCAGACCUAUACCAUGCCUAACAUCAGAAAGCCAUUAAUAACUAGCUUAUGCCAACCAAAGUCUGCUUUGUCUGUGAUGACACAUCUAAAAAAUAGUUUCCUCUGAAUGAAAUCUAUGUUUCUGUGCUGAAGUAUUACUUGCUGGAAGCCACUCUUUCAAUAAUGCUUACAAUUUUGCUCAAACACCCACGGCCCUUGAGAAGCACCUGAAGAAGCUAUUCCUAGCAUGAUACAAUUCAGGAAUAACUACAGACAAUAACUAAAAACUGUAGACUACCAGCAAUGUAAAGAUUUAGUUUGCCUCCAGAACCCGGCAUUUCUUUUGUUCAGCCCGUCCUUUGCUUAGAACAUUCAAGAAUGCUAUGGGAUUUGAACACUUGACUUUUCAGAAAUAAUCCUAACAAUCCACAGUCUCUGUGCCUGGUACAUAAUUCACUAAGACAGAAUUAAACAUUCCCUGUUUAUAUUUCUCUCUAUAUGUUGAAGUCUUCUGGGUGCUGGAUUUGUCUACAGGUCAGCCAUAUAUGUACUGUAAACAUCUGAGUAUUUAUAAUGCAGAAUUCCUCAAAUUCUCAAUACCUUAGAUAAUGAUUGGCUUUUUAAGAAGAUUCACAUGGAAUUGUAGUCUCAUGCACUCUACAGGUACGUAUUUAUUCAACAGCACUCUUUACAGAAAUGCUGUUGACAGGCAAAGGGACAGACUGCUGAGCUCAGAGGCUGUGGGAGCACUGUGCUAGGGCAGCCAGGGUGGGAACAGUGAGCCGGGGUGCUGUUAAUUCAGACCUUCCACGUAGGCAGAGUGACUCAAGCAGCCUAUCAAGGCACACCACGUGGAGACUUACUUUUCAUUUAUUCAUUUUAAAUAACAUUUUUAAGUGUACUUGGCUUGUUGAUAUAGAUGUUUUCCAGUUAAAAAAAAAUUAUAUAGUUCUACAUGAAAGCAUUCAAACAAAAAGAAAAACAAGGAAAUCUUUCCAGUGGAACUCAUACUAACAGUGCUCAAGAUGGAAUUUGGACCAUAGGCUUGAACUAAGAGCGUGUCAGAAGUUCCCAGUGCAGUUUCUUUGGUUUUUAUGACAAGGGUGAGAAGUGCAGAUUAAGACUCACAAAAGGAAAAUCCCUACAUGUUACAUUAAAUUGCAGAGGAAAAAGAAGAAAUUAAUAAUAAUAACAGAAGAAUGACCUACUUUCUAACCUAUUUAAACUAUUUUCUUCUACAUGCCCCCUAAGCUCUGACUGUAUUAUCUUGGAUAUUUUUAAACAGCUGUGAAAUCACUUGUUACUUGCCAAUUACAGUUUAACUUUGGAUAAUCAGUGACCACAGCCACUCUGGAAGAAGAAAAACAAGUUGGUAGCUGUGACUAUGUGUUAAAAGGGAUGUUUAUGACUGGAUGAUUAAGAACAGCCGUUGGAAGGGAUCAAGACUGGCAGCAAAGUGUCAUGCCAGCUGUUUGCUCUACAUCUGGGAUCCUUCUGGAGUCGUGGUACUGUACAGCACAAUUUGAUUAGAUCCUACAGCUGGUCUCCCAGCACUCCUAGCAGUCCUCCAGUUCUCUCUUGCUGCUCUAACCCAAGGCAGGAUAGCCUGUAGCAUCUCCCCAUUUGCUGAGGCAGAACGGCACAAGAACACACCCUGGGAGAGGAGAAAACACUCCUGGGGACAGGCUGAAUAACAGAGGUGGGAGGAUAAAGUGGCCAACAUUUGCAAGAGCAGGAAUCUCAUUUCACGGACUUCUUGUCCAAGCCUUUCAAAGACUGUCAGAAGAGAGACUCAGCUGAAUCAUUUGCACAACCUUUUUAUUAUCUUUCCAUGAGACAAAGUUCACACAGAGAGAUAAGGAGAUAGAGCAAAUCAGAAGGUGAGUUCUGAAAUUAUCAAAAGAGUACUUUCAGUCAGGAAUCUCUGCUGCCUUCUAAUUUUUUGGCUGUCAUAUUUUCAUCUUUGUUACAGCCUUGCCAUUCAAAACAUGGUACCAACAAAAAUCUUUGCAAACAGGGUUUCAUGCACCUGCAAGAACAGGGGGCAUCAUCAUCACUUACACCAGUGAAGCAGCUGUAAACUGUUUAAAAUCAGCAUCUCUUUCAGGUGUCUUUAUUCUUUUCUCAGUUAAACAUGGAAGAGCCUGCAUUUGGAAAAUCUUUGCUGCUAUUUUAUUUUCCUAAGGAAACCCACAGCACUGCGCGGUUGGUGCGCCGUGCCUGGGCGCCGGGAGGCCCGCUGCGAGGCGGGUGCAGCAGAACGCGAGAGAAAGCCGGGUCGGACGGCAAACGUGCAGCGCCACGCCGCCAUUUGGAGGGGAGCGAAGCGGACCCCGAGGACGAAGCGAAGGCGGUUCUGCCCCGGGCGCAGCUCCCGGCGGGGUACUGCUGCGAAACGCUUCCUGCCCGCCGCCGGCGCUCGCCCCUCGGCCUGCCCGGGUUAAGCUUUAACCAAGCCUUAUCGAUACGGACCACGCACGCUGCCAGGCGGAGGCAGCGCGCAGCCGGCGGGGGGGCCGCUCCUCAGGCUGGCUGCGAAUCCUUUUCCUCCCGCACGGAGGGACGGCGAUGCCCUGGGGUGCGCGGCAGCAGCACGCCGCGAUCCCCUCCUCGCCUGGGUCCGCCCGGCGCUCCCAUGCCGCCGCUGCCGCCAGGGGGCGCCGCAGUCAGGCCGCCCGCCUGCCCCGCGCAGCUCUGCAGCCGGCGGGCCGGAGCGGGCACUGACCCCGCGGGACCCGGGUUGCCGCCGGGGGGUGCGGAACGAAGGCGGGCGCUGCGUCGGGCUGGCGGCUCGGGGGCUGACGGGGGAGUUCUUUCGGUCUGGUGGAUGUACGUCCGUUCCCCCAGCAGAGCAGGGCGGCAGCGGGGGCGAGAAAAUGUCCGUCCCUGCCCCGCCGGGAGGGAGCCGCCGGAAUGUAGGCACCGCGGUGACACCUCGGGUGUUAAAGUCCCGCUGGUUAGUAGCGAUGCCGAGCUGCUCGUGGCCGCGGAGGCGAGUAGAGGAGUUCUCGCGCGUCGCUGCUUUCCCCAUCCCGCAGCUGCGGGACCGGCAGCGCGGGGCGGGGGCCGCUCGGAGGCAGCGCUGCCAUGCGGUUCCCGGCUCGGCGGUGCUGCGGGCUGGGACAGCGCCGUUCCUAUUCGCUUUUGCAAGCUCUAUAAAAAGUUACAACUUUCAUAACGACGUUUUAUUUGAGCACUGAAAUAUUGCAUAUCUCUUGGCUUCAAAAAUCGGUUAUGAGCUCUGCGGUUGUAGAUCUCACUGAGAACGUCACCACUGACAUAAAACGGAGCGUUGUUUCCUGGUGUACCUUUUCCAAUCUUCCUGAUUUUUACAAGUUGUCCUUCUGCCAGAAGCUUCCUUAAUACUGUGAAGUAUCGCUGGUAAAGAGAAAAAUAAAAGAAAAAAAAAUUGUUUUAUUUCAACUUAUGCCAGCUGUGAGGUGUUUUUACCCAAGCAUGCAUACAUGCGAUAUGCACGCAUACUGGAUAAAUUCCCAGUUGCAUAACAGGCAAGACAUUGAGAGUUGAGGUCAUACGUAUGCCUUGCAUUUGUAUAACUGUACCUCCAGAGCAGGAAGUUCUCUCCCUGAGCCUUUAGUUUUGUCACAGAUGUGCAGUGCACCAACUCACAGCAUCUCACAACUACCUCAAUUCGGCCUUACGCUUGGGUCCAUCUACAGAUGCAUAAAGAUAUGUUGAACCCCUAGAAGGUGUUCUUAUAGAAAAGAAACUUUUCAGAUAGAAUCAUUUUUACAUUAUACCUGUGUCCACACUGUGGAGUUGUACUAGAUGAGAACUCAGCUCCUAUAACUUUCAUCUCUGAACGUGAUUUAGGAUCACAAAAUUGUCUUUGCUUUUUGUAUAGGAACUUUCUGGAUGACUGAAAAUUGUGACUGAAAUAAUUUUUAAUUCCUAACUCACAGAUUACUGAAUCUUUAGCAAUUUCGUUCUAUCAGUGCUUGUGCUGAAUUGGUACUAACAACAAAUAAAAUGUGUAUUUUCUUUCUUGUUGUUUAUGCUCAUCAGUAUAAUGGCACAGUAACAGUCUUACUAAAUUGCUGUGAAUCCUGAGCCUUCCACAGCCAGCAAGACCAAAGCAAGCACUGGAUUUAUCACUUUCAAGUUGUUUUCUCUGCAUGUUUUGUAUAAAAUAAACAUUCUUUCAAGUGCCUGGAUUUAAGAAAUGUAAAAAUCCCAUCAGUAUCUCAAUUUCCUUAGGGCGUGAGGCCCCAGCAGGGGCAGUGUGACAGUGGUGUACAUCUAACACAUGCCUGUCCCCAGAGCUAUGGGAGGAGGGAAGGUCACUGUGGGUCUGUGUCAAAGGAGCUCUCCUUUGCAGAGGAUGCCCUUUGCAUGUAGUGUUCCCCUAAUCGAUAUUUUGUGAUGGUGACCUCCCCUCCUGUGUUAGGACUCAGUGCAUCAGGUCUGGGUGCUUCUGCCAGCACCCUGCUAAUACAAGCCCUUCAGGGGAAACCAAGAGGCUGAAAUCAAACUGCAGGCUGUUUUGCACCCAGGACAAGACACUGCUUUAUGUUUGCCCUCAUCUACCUGAGCUGAAGCACUUCCUGUGCAUAAGUGCUGUGUUGGGGCCGUUCCAUGGCAGGACCAGCCUGUGUGAUGCCAUGUGGGGAGGCAUCAGGGGCACUACCAGGCAGGAUGAGGCUCAAGUAGCUGCUGGCUUCUUUCACACCGCUUCUGCUUGGCAUCUAUGGUCAGAAUGGUGCCUAAAUGGUAAAUCUCUGUGCUUCAGCCUUCCUACAGCCCUCUGUGAGAAAUGAGCAGCAAGACAGGAAAAUAAGUUGGGUGCCAAAGCAGCCUUGUAUCACAUGGAUAAGUCAGAAUAUCAGUAAUGAUCAUGAGUCAUUACAUUUGUCAAACAAACAGCUCGAUGAAGACCCAUCAUGGUGUGUAUUUGGGCAGAACUCAUUCCUGUUAUCUUGGACUAAAUGACCCAGACUAGGGACUGGGCCAACUUUCUUCAAGUUCUACUAAGCAGCAACUACAAUGCAUGGAUCUCUUUCCACAAGCAAACAGAUUUGGUUAAUCUUAGUAUUACUGCAAAAAAAACGUUGCAGCUGUUAUAUAGAAAAGCCAUAAAGUAUAGCGACAUCCUUCAUACUGUAGGAUCCACUCAUCAGCUGACAGAGAGGUGUUCAAUAUAAUUAAUUACAAUAAAGUCAAUGCAAGUUUAGUAAAUGGUAAGUUAGUAUUGUGCAGUUCUAGAUUUCUUACUCUCAGAUUUGACCACAUGAAGAAUAUCUUGUUGAUUUGGACCUGGAUCUCAACAGUUUGAUGCACAGUGUUUAUUCUAAAGUGCCGUACAUCGCUCUGGGAGAACAUACAUAUAUAGAAGGUAGCAAGUCCACCCAUCUUUCAUUCAGAGUCACUAAUCAGUCAUUGGUCAUUCUAAGUACUGGUUGGCAAUGAGAAAUCCAGUAUUAGUGUCAGGAAAUUACAGUAGCAUCAAUACUCUGUAUCCUGUGCAUUAUAACUGUAACUAAGAAAAUGCAGUACCAAUCCUUUCUGAAUUUAAGCUGGUUUCAGAGACACUAUUAGGAAAUGGAAAGUGGUUUCACAAUGUGACUUUAUCAUUUUGUAAUCAAGUCAGAGGCCAAUGAUACAUGGUCACUGCUGCACAGUAGAUGAGGUCAGAGUUCCUCCUCACUUGUAUAAGGUUAGCAGCCUAAAUACCUCUAAUAACCCUUUCUGAGAGGAGAAAAAAUAGUUAUGAUUAAAGGAAAUCUUGAAGGAGUGUAUCCCCUAAUUUGUGGAGCUUUAAGGGCAUUAAGCAUGCAUUAAAAGCAGGGAGAACUAGAUGUCUAAAUCCUAUCAAGCUGUGGAGGGAAAAAAAAAAAAGGAAAAAAAAAAAAAAGGAGCACAGAAUAACAGAGCAGUUCUUACACAAAACACUUCAGUGCUCCCAGGGGGUUUGGUGAGAGAUGGGCCCUGGUACUUAUUAUGGUACCAAAACUCAGCAAUAGGCAAAGCAGGCUCUGGGCAUGACUUACUGCCCUCCCUUCUAUUACAGCAACUAAGAUGCUGGGUUAAGACCAUCAAGAAACUACCAAAUAAAUAUGAAUAUGUCAAAAAUUCAUACAAUGUGGGGAUUGAUUCUUUACCUCCUCUUUUAUUUGUCUCUUGUGAAAGCAACAAGUGCUGAAUGUACCCAGUGGCAGAAUAAGGAAUCUACUAUCCCUGUGGUUACAGAACUGCUCUAAAUGUAUGCUGAAAUACAGCUGAGCUAGAAGAAAAAAUGAAAUGUGCUGUGAAAAAUUGCCUAUACACAUCUCCUUUUUUGACUGAAGCAUGUUAUUCAUAAGCAAGUAAGUUAUUAAAAACUGAGUAUAGUUCCUUGCAGCCAGUAAAAGACAAUAGACCAAAUGUUGCUGUUACACACAGCUGGAGUGUAUUGAUAAAAGCAGCACAUUGCAUUUCCUCACAUAGUUUAAAGUCUAAAUAAAGAUAUACGAUCAAAAGAAUGAGUGCUCAGCAAGGUGGUGCAGAAAGGGCAAGAGGUGAACAAGUUCAGUAAGUACAGUAAGUUCAGUAAGUACAAGAACAGUAAGUUAUAAAAUGCAUCACCAGGGAAAUAGGGUGUUCCUGCUGGGUGCCUCAAGCUUAAAGGGGAGUGAAGGUUUGUGUAUGCAUCAUGGAAAUACAGAAGUACAUUUGGAAAGCAAGGGGGCUAUAAUGUCCUAAGAAAAUCUAAUUGGCGCAUUACAAUUGAGUUGAUGCUCAUAUGUGUCUUACAGUUUUCUUCUUUUUUACACUCUGCAGACAACAUAGAAAAACAUAGAGAUUAUUGGUGCUAUAACUGCCAUUUGAGUGAACAUCUCCCUAGCAAUGUAUCACUUCAACAACCAAAGCCUGAAAAAAGAAACUGGCAGCCUUUGGGAAAAAGACGAGCAAAAAAGCAAGCAAGCAUGUGGCUAAACACACUGCAAGAAAAAAAAAAAAGAAAAAACAACAA